AUGUCAAAAUCCACAUCAUCAAAGCUAGCAAACCUCCGCGGCGUCUUGGCUAGACUACCAGACAAAGAUGUCCUGCACAAAUUCCUCGGAAAUUCUACUACUGCUCCAGGCCUACUUCGUGAAGCUGUCCUCGUCGUUCUCCACCGCAAAUGGUCAGCGAACCCACCGUAUCGCCUCACCGAGCUUGGAAUCACCACCUACGAUCGUUCCAGCAUUAAACAAGGACAGCCUAUCAUGGCUGGCCCGCAUGCAGAAGACCUUCUACGCCAAGUAUGGUGUCUUCACCUCGUCAUCCGCUCCACUGCGCACCUAGAUUCUACAGACAUCGGUCUCGAGCGCUUCCAUUUCGGCACCACGGUCUACGUCACCCAAGAAGAAGCCCUCUUCCUCCUCCAGCAUAUCUGGCACCAGCCCAUGAACGAGCAGAACGAGGACUCUGGCUACCGACCCAUCAUAUACAUGUCCUUUGGCUCCAACAGCAGCAUCAGCAAGGUGCGCAAGGUCGCGUUCGACUUCGACCCGUUUCUCUUAAGCACUACGGUAGCGGCUCUCGAUGCGCAAAUCAUACCCCAGCAGUCGAAGAUUACUCGCCACGCAGACGCGGACUAUGCAUACCUCCUCAAACAGUUCAACGUCCCCGUAUACCACUCCGAUAACAGCGGCAACGCAGCCAUGUACGCCACCGUCGUUGCUAUCCUCUCAGCUCUGCGCUUCGAGCUGUACGGGUCGCCGCAGAAUGCGAAGGCAAAACCAGGGCAAAUAGGCCAGUCAAGUUCCAAGUCUGCGGCAUUUGUGGUGCAGAGCUUGAUGAAUUGGCCUACACCGGCGCCACCUGUUAGCGUGGAGGUGUUUUGUUGGAGGUGUGGGAGUGGUGAGCAUGGGUUUUUGGAGUGUGCAAAUACGGAUUUGAAGUGUGGUAGGUGUGAGGGUGCGGCGCAGGAGUGGAGGAGAAUGAAUGCUGGAACGCAUAUGGAGGGGUCAUGUGCGUUUGGGCCUCGUUGA